CACUUUUGAUUAGAUAUUAUAAUCGAGUAAAUGUAGCGGAUAUGCAAAACGUAGAGGUAAUUGACAUUAUAUGAAUAUUGUUGAAAUUGUUAUGUAUUUAAAACGUCUAGGAUGCCUUUUAAAUAUCGUGUCAGAAAUAAAUGUAUUAUUGAAACAUAACUGCUGAUUUUUCUAUUCUCUUAACUUGAGCUAGAGUUGUAUAUUUAAUCAUGUAUUAAAUUUUAAAAUAAAUAAACUUGUAGUAUAUCGUUUGUUUGUUUAUUUAUUCAUUUUUGUAGAGAGAUCUUCGGCAGAAUUCCAUGCUUGCUGCCGUUCAUUCUUUGGAAGUCAAGCGAAAAGAUUCCUAUCGACUGACGGCAAAAAAAUUCAAUUUGCCCGAGUCCACGCUGAGACGAUGGGCAACAAAUGGAGUACCUGCCGGGAAACCACAAGGUGGACGUACAACAUUCUUCAAAGAAUAUGAAGAAAAGAAGCUGGCAGAACACAUUUCAUAUGUGGGGCAAAUGGGGUACUCCUAUCUUGGAAGUCAAAUCCGUGAGAUCGCCGGCGAAAUGGCCCGGAUCUUGUGCAGCGAGGAUCAAGAGCGCAAGUGCCGAUUCACCGACUUCAUACCAGGACGGAACUGGUACUACGGCUUCCUCACAAGAUGGAAGAAUAUCAUAAGACCGAGGAGGCCAAGCAGACUGGAUCACUUGAGGGCAGAAAUGUCCAGGAGAUCAAUUUUAGAGGCGUACUUUGGGAAACUUCUAGAGGUUCUCGAGAAGUACAACCUGCGUGAUUGUCCUGCCCAGAUAUACAACGUCGAUGAAACAGGAAUCACGAGAGAUCACAAGCCACCGAAAUCUCUGGGGCCGAGCCAAGGAGCAUUCAACGCUGUCUCGUGUGGACGGGGUCCAAUACACACCAUCAUUGCCUGUGGGAAUGCCAUGGGAAAUCGGCUCACGCCAUACAUCAUCUUCAAGGGGGCAAGGGUUCGACAAGAGUGGACGGAGGGGACUUUGUCAGGGACAGGUUAUAAUGCCACAAAGACCGGCUGGAGCAACAGUGCUACCUUUCUCCAAUGGUUCAAGGGUCACUUCCUACCACAAGUUGGGUCAGUUAGGCCGCUUCUUCUGCUGUAUGAUGGCCAUUCUACCCACAUCAGCGUGCAGAUUAUCGAAGAGGCCCGGUUGGAAGGAGUGCAUUUAUUUGUCACACCUCCACACACGUCCCACAUCCUACAACCCCUUGACGUGGGCUGCUUUGCUCCUUUCAAGGCCACCUACAACAGAGCAGUUCACAAUUGGCUCCACAAGUACAAGAACACAGGUUGCAUUCUGGUCGAAGAAGACAUCGCCUCGCUGGCAUGCAAAGCUUACAUGAUGGGAAUUAGCAGUGACAGUUUAGUAUCAUCCUUCAGAUGCACUGGAAUUUGCCCAUUCAACCCUGACGUCGUGCUGAGCAAGCUCCCUGAGCAACCGGAGAGGGGAAGUUCUUCCAUCGAUGGCCCCUAUCGAGAAGUUUCCAUCAUCUCCAGAAGUGUUCGCCAGGCGACCAAAAGCAAUAAGAAGUGCCCGAAUGCUGACGGAGGAAGACGAAUACCUCAAGGUUAA